AUGGCUGAGAUCGAUGGUCUCAUUGCGAAUGGCACUUUCAAGAUAAUGCACUGUGAUAAUCUGGAUCUCAGAGAUGUACGAAUCUUCAACUCCCGGUUAGUCAAUAAGAUAAAAGGCAAGAACGAGAAACUAUACAAGAAGUCACGCCUCAUCAUACAGGGUUAUAACAACGCGGGCAAAACUAGCAUAUUGAUACAAGCGCCGACAAUUCAGUGCGCCAGCCAGCGCCUUAUUAUGUCACUUAUCGCUACGCUGAUUCUCAUGGGCAUGGUCAUUAAUCUGUGUGAUAUUACCCAGGCACACACACAGUCAAAAAGCAAGCUACAGCGCCUGAUUGUUACUAACCUGCCGGCCAAGAUAAGAGAUAAAUACCCGCCAGAUUCGCUACUCCUUAUGGAAGGUGCCUUGUACGGGAUCCCUGAAGCCAGUAUGAAGACAUCCACAUACGACCCAUGCCUCCUCAUGACAACUAAAGGAAAGAAGAACUUUAGCCUUGUUGAUAUACAGAUGGACGAUACCCUACUCAUCUUAACAGAAAGUUUUGCUGGAGAGGAAUAA